AUGUUGCCCCACAGAUAUCACACCGUGUCCAACCCCACCUCCUGUAACAACAGCAACAACAAACACAACAACACCAGUGACGACAGCAACAAUAAACACAACAACACAAGUGACGACAGCAAUAACAAACACAACAACACCAGUAACGACAGCAACAACGAACACUACAACACCGGUGACGACAGCAACAAUAAACACAACAACACCAGUGACGACAGCAACAACAAACACAACAACACCAGUAACGACAGCAACAACGAACACUACAACACCAGUGACGACAGCAACAACGAACACUACAACACCAGUGACGACAGCAACAAUAAACUCAACAACACCAGUGACGACAGCAACAACAAACACAACAACACCAGUGUCGACAGCAACAACAAACACAACAGCACCAAUGACGACACCAACAACAAACACUACAACACCAGUUUCGACAGCAAUAACAAACAAUACAAUAAACACAACAACAAACACUACAACACCAGUGUUGACAGCAACACCAAACACAACAGCACUAGUUUCGAUAGAAACAACAAAAACAACAACCACCACCACACUGGUGUUGACAGCAACGACAAACACAACAAUAGACACAACAACACCAGUGUCAACAGCAACAAACACUACAACACCAGUUUCGACAGCAAUAACAAACAAUACAAUAAACACAACAACAAACACUACAACACCAUGUCGACAGAAACAACAUACACAACAACACAAACGAUGACGACUACAUCACCCAGCACAACAACAACAACACCAAUGACAACAACUACAAUGCCCAAGACAACAACAACAACACAGGUGAGGAACUUAAAUUUCACCAUGGACCUAGUUUAUGAUUCUACAUACAAUGACCAAAGAAGUGAAGUUUACAGAAACACUAAUUUCUCAAUUCAAGAACAAUGUAAUAAGCACAUCUCAACACUAGUAUCAGUCAACAUCAUUGGUUUCAAGAGUGGAAGCACCAUCGUUGACUAUACUGUAAGAGCAAACUCUAUAAAUGAUAUGGAAAUUGCUGCAGUAACAUCAGGGGUAUUUACACAGCUGGGAAAAAUAUACCCUGUGAUAUUUGACAGCCCAGCACCCUUAACGUUUAAUCCACCUUCAGUAAUUUUUGGGGAAAGUGUGACUGUGACAUGUGGCCCUCCACCAAAGGAUCUCAAUUUCAGUACCAUCUCGAAUGCAGAGUGGACACUUAAUGGCACUAAAAUACUCGAAGAUAAUGAACAUCACUUUGGAACUGCAAAUGGAGCAGCAACAUUAACUGUGAAACAUUUUUUUAUCACUGAUGUUGGAAGGUAUCAAUGUAUGCUGAAAGACAGUGGGAGCCGUGGAAUAUUCAGACAGACAUCCAACGGAAUAUACACUUUCCAAAACAAACCCUUGAUCCAAGUGAAACCGAUGAAACAACUGGUCCAAUGUGGUGCCGUAACGUCAGUGACACUGCAGUGCUCUGUCAACAGCCCCUAUAAUGUUGUGUUUAAUAAAGAAAAUUCUCCUACAGGCCCAGCCAUCACCUAUCCGUUUCCUAUACCCAGUACCUGUGAAAACCAGAUUGUCACUUGUCAAGUGAUAAACCAUAUGGAAUUUAACAUGAAUAUUAAACUGGUGUUAACCAACGACAAACUUAUAUGUGUCAAUGAUCCUGUGUAUGGUAGUGGAACUCUUAAUUACGUGGCUGAAGCUCCCUGCGAACCAAACUAUGUGGGAGCAAAGACAGCUGUUUGUGGGAGCGAUGGUCAGUGGGGAAAUAAACAAGACAACUGCGUCCUUCAAAUUGUCCAGGAGCUGUUCCAGCAGUCUCAGAACUUGAAUAGCAAUUCAUUGCCAGGAUUCUUGGAAAAACUCAGCUCUGCCACUGUCAGCUUUACUGAGCAAGUGGUUAACUCUCCUGGAACCAUUAACGCCAUUGUUCAAAUACUCAACAAUGUAGCCAAUGUGUCAUUAUCACCAAAUAUCACAAUAACUGAAACUUCAAUGCAGAACGUCCUAUUAACUGCAGGUGUCCUAACCAUAAAUGGCUCAAAGGCAUCAUGGGGCUAUCUGAAUGGCAACGACACCAGCAACAUUACAGCAACACAAAGAAAAAGUGUCAGCUCAGCAUUUUUGCAGUCCCUUGAGAAUAUAACAAGUCGCCUUACCAAUGACUCUUUCAAUAUUGACACACCUUCAAUUCUCUUGAACAAAACUACAUUUACAAACACUUUCAUGGCUGACUUUGAUUCCUCUGUGGAGAUAGACAUACCAACAUCUGAUGGAAGAAGUAAGUUUAUCACUGCGGUAACAUUUGCCUCAAUGGAUAAUGUGCUCCCUGCAAGAGACAAAGGAAAUUCAUCCAUCUACGUCAUCAACGGGAGAGUCGUACUUGUUCAGUCCAGUGGUACCGUCGAUAAUGUUUCGUUCACAUUUGAUAUUAUAAACAAUACUCUGGGGAACGCUCAGUGUGUUUUCUGGAACUUCAGCCUCUUCAGUGGUCUCGGGGGAUGGGACAAUGGGGGCUGCGUGUUGGUAUCCAACAACACCAACGUCACCUGCAACUGCAACCACCUGACCUCGUUCUCUAUCCUUAUGUCACCUUACAGCAAAGAUGACAUUGUGUUGGAUUACAUUACCUACAUUGGAGUUGGCAUAUCUAUGGCUUCCUUGGUCAUAUGCCUCAUUAUUGAAGCUAUCAUCUGGAGAAAAAUAAGAAGGAACACCACAUCUUACUUGCGUCAUGUUUCCAUUGUGAACAUCGCUGUGUCUCUCCUGAUUGCUGACAUCUGGUUCAUUAUUGGGGCCGCCAUCUCAGAUGCAAAGACAGUAAACCAAUCAGCAUGCACUGCGGCUACAUUUUUUAUCCAUUUUUUCUACCUUGCCCUGUUCUUCUGGAUGUUAGCCUCAGCUCUGCUGUUGUUCUACCGCACAGUCAGUGUCUUCGACGGGGGUUUGUCUAAAACAUCUAUGUUGGCUAUUGGAUUCUCUCUAGGCUACGGGGGCCCUCUCAUCAUCGCUGUCAUAACAAUAGCUGUAACUGCACCCCAAAAAGCGUACAUCCAAGACGCUGGGGUCUGCUGGCUCAACUGGGUUAAUUCCCAAGCUCUACUGGCAUUUGUGAUCCCUGCACUGACAAUAGUGGUGAUAAACCUGUUAAUCCUGCUUGUUGUGAUUUACAAAAUGUUGAGAAGAAGGGUAGGAGACUCUUCACAAGCAGCUGAAAGACAUGUAAUGGUCAUUAUUGCAAGGAGUUUGGCUUUUGGAUAG